UAAACAGUAGCUGACUAAAUUUGUCACUUUAAAAGGGUGGUUUGGUCUUUGGGGUGUUUCGGUUAUAAUUUGUGGGAAAAAAUCGGGCUGCAAAAAUGCGGGAAGUUCUUUCGAUUCAUACGGGUCAAGCGGGUGUCCAAAUUGGCAAUGCCUGUUGGGAAUUGUACUGUCUCGAACACGGGAUCCAACCCAAUGGUUGUUUACCUUCCGAUAAAGCCGCCGGUUGUGACGACAGUUUUAGUACAUUCUUUGCCGAAACGGAAGCGGGAAAACACAUCCCGAGAGCCGUAUUUAUAGACCUGGAACCGACUGUAAUAGACGAAGUCAGGACCGGAACGUAUCGUCACUUAUUUCACCCUGAACAAUUGAUAACAGGCAAAGAAGACGCCGCUAAUAAUUACGCUCGCGGGCAUUAUACUAUUGGAAAAGAAAUCGUCGAUUUGGCUUUGGACAGGACACGAAAAUUGGCCGAUCAGUGUAGCUGUCUUCAAGGAUUCAUAAUAUUUCAUUCGUUUGGUGGAGGAACCGGGUCGGGAUUCACGCCAUUGAUGAUGGAAAGGCUCUCAGUUGAUUAUGGCAAAAAGUCGAAAAUUGAAUUCGCCAUUUACCCAGCGCCGCAAAUCUCCACGGCAGUCGUAGAACCUUACAAUUCUAUAUUGACAACCCACAUAACGUUAGAACAUUCCGAUGCAGCUUUCAUGGUCGACAAUGAAGCGAUUUACGACAUUUGUCGAAGAAAUUUGGACUUAGAAAGGCCCACGUACACCAACUUGAACAGACUACUCGGCCAAAUAGUUUCGUCUAUAACGGCGUCGCUCCGUUUCGACGGAGCACUAAACGUCGACCUAACUGAAUUUCAAACGAAUUUAGUUCCGUAUCCUCGCAUCCAUUUUCCGUUGGUGACCUACGCUCCUGUUGUAACGGCCGAGAAGGCGUAUCACGAGCAACUUUCGGUGUCCGACAUAACGAACGCAUGUUUUGAACCUGCUAAUCAAAUGGUAAAGUGCGACCCAAGACACGGAAAGUACAUGGCAUGCUGCAUGCUGUAUCGCGGAGACGUGGUUCCUAAAGACGUGAGCGCUGCCAUCGGAGCUAUCAAAACGAAACGCAGCAUCCAAUUCGUCGACUGGUGUCCCACGGGGUUUAAAGUUGGGAUCAACUAUCAACCUCCAACGGUCGUUCCCGGUGGCGAUCUGGCAAAAGUUCAAAGGGCCGUUUGCAUGCUGGCCAAUACGACAGCAAUCGUAGAGGCUUGGGCACGACUCAAUCAUAAAUUCGAUCUGAUGUAUGCCAAGAGAGCGUUCGUCCAUUGGUAUAUCGGCGAAGGGAUGGAAGAGGGUGAAUUUACAGAGGCCAGGGAGGAUUUGGCCGCGCUUGAAAAAGAUUUUGAGGAGGUCGGUAUGGAUUCCGGUUGUCAAGAGGGCGAGGGAGGGGAAGAAGGUUAAAAAUUAUCGCGUUUAAUGAUAAUAAUAAUUAGAUGCUAGAUGUAGGAUAUAGUAGGGCAAAAUUUAUCAAGAUGUCGAUUUACCGCCUUCUAUGGGUAUUUAAUAAGAAAUAUGAAGAAAAGGGCUUGUAAAGCAAACAUCUUACAGGAUCGUUUCUGUUGUUGUCUUUCGAAUACUCUCAACUGAAAGGUUGAGUUGCUACAAAAACAAAACUAGAAGGUUGUAAUUAAUUUAGCUGCCCAAAUCAUCAGAAUUCCACAAAUAAAAUAAAUUACAAUAUUA